GGCGUAACACGUCCGUAACGGCACCGCUGACUCGCUGUCAGAAUUAUAGCUUAUAUUAAAAUUGCUACCUGGGAGAUUGUGGCUUUGAAUGAACUAAACUGUCGCCUUUUCACCGCAUACUGGCUCAAAAGCACCAAUUUAAUAUGUUGUUUUGCGCAUGGUCACUUCUUCCCUGAGGUUUCCCUCGCAACACGCAGAAUUCUUAUACAAUGCUGUGUGAUUGGCGCUCAUCAACACCUGAAGUCAUCCCUUUGUUUAAUCAUCAUGAGCAUACAGUCUGAGUGUGGAUGGAGUGUGUGAAUUGUGUGGAGCUCCAUGAGCUCAGGCCCUCAGGACAUGGCAUCGAAAACACUUCCUUCUGUAAUGAAGAGGAGGAAGCCAGGGUAUUUGCUGUUAAUUCCAGGACAAGUCAACAUUGUCCCUCUCACAGUGGAGGUGGAAUUAGUUCUCAGGUUCUUCAAGGAGAUGUUCACUCGGAUGAAGAGCAAGAACCAGUAUAUGAAGAGCGUUCUGUGGAUUACAGCUUCAUGUUGGCAUUGGUUUUCCUCAUCAGUGGAAUUGCUUUAGUUGUCAUUGCCUACGCCAUACCACGGGAGGCUCGAAUAAAUCCAGACCAGGUUACAGCACGCCAGAUGGAAAAGUUGGAGAUGUACUAUGCGCAGCUCAGCUCUCAUCUUGAUAAGUGCAUCAUUGCUGGACUUGGCUUACUUACUCUGGGUGGGAUGCUCUUGUCCAUUCUGCUAAUGAUUUCUCUAUGCAAAGGUGAGCUUUAUCACCGCAGAAAUUUCGGCAUCUUAAGAAGACCUAUGAAGUCGUAUGGCUCCAUAAACAUGAGAAUGGGACAGUUAGCAUCUGCAAAUGGAAGUGAACCUAUCAUGGAGUGUGAUUCAAGCACAGACACUUAGGAUGUACUGAGUGCUGAAGGAACAUUAAAGGCGAACUCAGUAGCACAAGCCCAAACAGUGCCUGCCACUCAAAUAGCCGAUUCCCAAAUGGCUUCUUACUUUCUAUAGACUGUAAGUACACUAUAAACAUAUGUACAUGAAGGGAUAUUUUAAUAAUAUAAAAGGUACCAAAUAUUUGAAUCUUAGCUAGAAUAAAAUAAGAGAAUACAAGAACACUGAAUAUGUGAAACAGGCCAGAAGUGCCAUGACCUAAAGCGAUUAGUUCGUCCCUUCUUCUACCAAACAAAAUUCAGCUUAUGAAAGCCCUAAAUUAACUGGUAGAUUAUUUGAAACAGGUUUGUUAAAUUUGAUAGAAGGCUAAAGUCUGCAUUUCUGUAGUCCUGAAGGAUAUCAGUCUGCUGAGUCCCCUCACUUACAAUAUUGCCUUAACCAUUAUAUUCUGUGAAUUAGACCUGUGAAUUAGGAUAGGACUUAUUUAGGCAAUUUAGAAAUUGUGAGGUUUCAUUUGUUGUAGUGAAGCCUUUAAUAUAUACAGCAGUAUAUAACUGAUACUCAGAUUUUAUAUGUAAGAAAUACAUAAAUGACUUGAAAGCAUAGCAUAUUCUACAAAGCAAUUACCACAAAUGUCACAAUAUCCACAUUUAUCGUGCAAGUUUAAUAUACAUAUAGAAGAAUAAAUUCUGAAAGAAUAUAGUUAAUAGUGAUAUAGUAACUGUUUGACAUUAUGGAGACUUGAAUAAGUGAGAAGUAGCUAGUUAUGUUUGACAUUAUGAACAAGGGAUACAGUGACCAGCUUUGAGACAGGUAUAUUUUAUUUAGCAUUCACAAAACAAUAGAGAUAUAGAGCAUUUUUAUUUAAUUCUGGCUAAGUUUAAGUUUAUAAGAAAGUAGGCACAAAAAUGGUAUACAAUCAAGAGUGGUAGAAAUUAAAAGAGAAUAUAUAUAGCUCAUGUAAAGAUUCCAUGGAGCAGCCUAGGUUGUAGUUUACGCUCAUGGUCAAGGUUUUAAAAGCACAGGAAUUUCAAAAGACUUGAUAAAUUGACAAAUUGGAAAGAAAACCUGCAAACAGAAAAAUCACUCAUUAAAUUGCACAGCAAAAGGUUUUUUAAUGUUCUGAAGCUAAACCUUUAUUAUUCUGUAUUUGGUAGAGUGAUUAACAAAGCAUUCUGGGUGAUACCAUUGCAGAACACCAUAAAGGAUGCUCACAAAAAAACAUCAGCUCUAGGACAAUAAUAUGAUAGUUUAGGACAAUAAUAUGAUCAAAAUCCUGACAUCCACUGAUUUAUUUCCUUGGAUAAUAUUGCUGUCUUUCCACUUGAGCUCGCCUUUUAAAGUAUAUGAUGCAAUCUGAUACGAGAUCCUGUUUCUCCUUUGCAGUCAAAGAAGAGACUACAGCAUUUUUGUGAUAUGGUGCCUAUAUGUUGGUAUGAUGUGACAAUGGUAAUGUUAAAGAAAAAUACUAGGUGAAAAUAUAAGUAAUUGUAUAUCUACAUUGUUCUGAAAAAUUGCUCAGUGAGAUACUUUUAGUGAAUUUGUUUAAAAAUCUUCUUGCCAUUCCCCUGACCAAAUAGUAAACAGAUGCAUUGCCACUGUUACAUUUUCUUUAGUGUUAUACUUUUCAAAAAUGUAAAAUACUAAGUAGAUACCGUGAAAUAAUUAAAAUCAUAUUACUGGAGUGUACAGCUAUCAAAUCAUGAAUGUUUCAUUUUUUGUUGAAAAUUGCUUAAAUAUAGUAAUGCCAUAUCUAAGACCUAAAAGUCAGUAGUCUUCCCACAUUUACAAAGAAAACAUGUUAAUAUGGACAGAGUGUGUUGGUCUGAAAAGGGAUUUCUUCUACAGCUUAUAUUCAAAAACAUUACCACAUUUCAUAUUUUCUGUAUGGCACACUGAUGAUUUAAUAUGACAGACUCCAAAUAAGUAUGUGAAUGUACAGAUUAUUAAUAUAAACUUUUUACAUAGUAGAGAAACAUUUAUAAAAGUAGUUAACCAGGAAAUAAUUUGUAUUUCAAAGACAACUGUAAUGUUCACAAGAUGACAUUUUAACUCAUUGUGUGGUGUAUUUUAGAAAUUAUGCUGAUUAAUGUAAAAUCAAUGUAUGUGAAGUAAUUCAUUCCUAUUUGUUUGUUUUUGUAUAUGUUUCCAAAAACUGAACAACUAUAUAUCACUGUUUGUCAAUGAAUAGAUAUGCAUCUAAAUGUUCCUGUUUAUGAGAAAUUGAUCUGUAUCUUGUUUUAUGAGGGAUUUAUAAUGAGAGUUUCUUCACAAACCAUGGAAUCACUGCUAUACAGAUAUAAUUUGGGUGGUGGACCAUUCCCAGCUCUAUCAGCACUCGAUAGAAACAUAUAGACCUGGUAUAAAUGUAUUUAGAAAAACUGCAAUGCUGGAAUUUCUGAAUGUUGUACUAGUUUUUUGGGUGCUAAUAAUGGUCCACCAACCAAAUAAUAUUAGGCCACCACUGGUGCUGCGAUUGGCUCAUACUCAACUCCCAAGUUAUACAUAGCAACAAGUGGACUAUAUUUAUACACAUGUAUGGUAAGAUACACCAGAUAAACUGACCAUCGAGUGUAUUUUUUCAUAAUUUUACAAAUACAGGAAAGUCAAAAAGGCUGAGUUGACCAGGCACACUCAAUGGCUACUUUAGUAGGAACAAUGUACCCAUUUUAUUCAUGUAACUAUCCAAGCAUGUGGUAACAAAGUGCAUAAAAUCAUGAUGGAAAAAACUUAAGCUUCUGUUAAUAACAAAGAUUGGAAUAGGGGAAAUUGUGAUGUUCAUGACAUGUUUGUGGUGCCAGAUGGUUUGAGUAAUUUACAAAUUGCUGCUCUGGGUUUUUCACAUAUGACAUCUCUUCAGUUUACAUUGAAUGGAAAAAAAAUCUGGUAAAACAUCUGGCAGUUCUUUGUGUGAAAAUGCCUUGUUGAUGAGAGAGAUCUGAGGAGAACUUUAGUAACUCAACUCUUUUAAAGUUGUGUUGUUGUGCAGAAGACUGACUCUGAAAGGACAAUAUCCCCAUUCUGGUGUUUGUUUGGCUAAUUUGGAUCAUUAAUUGCUUAACUGCAUUCUUAAUUGGAUGAAUGAACAGGUGUUUCUAUUAAAGUUGUAUGCAUUUUUUCCACAUUAUUUUAAACAGGGAUACCAACUGUAGUAUUGAAGUCCAACUGAGGUCAUCUGCAAUCUCACCUGUGUAUAUAAACAGAGCCAGGGAUAACUGAUUGCAACUGUAUACAAAUUAUGUAUGUACAAGAGCCAAGAACAGUUAGGAAUACAUCAGGUAUCCAUGCCAAAACUGUACAAUUUAUUCAUCACAUUAGUAACAUUUGAUUGAUUUGAUUUCUUUUAACUUUAUUGUUAUUUCAAGCUGAAACAUGUCCAAUCAUUUGGGGAAAGUAUGCUGACUAAUAGUAUGUCAACCUUUACAAUCAUUAAAAUUGAUUGAUUUAAUUUCAUUUUUGUGUACUAGUUUUCACUCAUUGUAUCCAGAGUUUGUCUGCUUUCACUAUGGCAGCAUGGUCUCGCAACUGCAAGUCCUUAAUAAUUUGCACAAGCGGAUGAAAAAUUUUGACUUCAAUUAAAUCUAGCAAAUAUACUUUGCUUGCUCUUAUGAAUUGUGUAUCAGAUUGAGUUGCUUAUUCACCACAUGAAGACCAUUAUAAGCUGAAACACAGAACCAGAUAUAUAUACACUACCGCUUAAAAGUUUGGGAUCACUUGCAUAUUUCAGCUUGAUUUCAGCUAUGGAGGAAGACUCCAAUCCAUCAGCCAAUCCAUCUUGUGGGAGAUGCUCCAGGAAGCAUGGGGUGAAAUCUCAUCAGGUUAUCUUGAAAAAUUAACACAGCUAGAAUGUAAUUGCUGCAAAAGGUGGGUUUUUUUUGAUGAAGGCAAAGUUUGAAGAAAACAUCAUGUCCAUCAAAAUCAUUAUUUUUAACUCUGACAUAUCAGCAUGUACUGUUCUUUUGCUAUAUUUUCUAUGCAGACUAAUUUCGUGUGUGUUUCCUUGGAAAACAAUACAAUUGUACAACAAAUUUUUUUUACAACAACAAUAGUUUUCUAAUUGUUUGGUUCAAAUCAAUUUCUUGGCCAAUUUUUGAAAACUGGAGUGGAUUAAUUUGUGGUUAUGUCAAGGCUGGACUGAAGAUGAUUCAAUGCUCAGAAAUUUAUGAAGCCUCCUGGAAUAAUAGAUUAUUGCAUGAUUACUACUCUUACAAAUUUAUUAAGUCUGUAUAAAAACUUUUAUAAACAAAUUAGUUAAAAAGUAAAAAGUCUGUAGAUAACUCAGGGAAGCCUUCCAUUUCUAAAAAAGUUCCACACAAAUAACCUAUUUGCAUCCAAAUUGAUUUGAGCAGAUAAUGAUCUGUAUUUUUUGUUUGUUUGUUUUUGUCCCUCUACAUAUUAAUAUACUUUAUCUUUAGUUGAAAAUACGCUUUUCAACUAAAGAUACGAAUACGAAAAUAAAGCUUUUUAUUCUCACUUGCUUCAUCUGUAGUCUUUAAAAUCAGUGGGGCAGUCGUUUCUCAGUGGCUGAUUACAAUGUUGGAGGUUAAAGCCUCAACACUGCCAAGCUGUAUCUGUUAGGGUCUUUGGCAAGGUCUGUAACCUACUAAAGGCUUUUAUGCUUUCUAUGUUUUUCUAUGUUUUUUUUACUCUUGUUUCUCUGUCAUUUAUUGUAGCUGUCUUUAGUUCCUGCUUGUUUGGCUUUCAGGAAAUAAAAUUAAUGCUCAGUUGGAUUCAGGUCAGUUGACAGACCAUUCACUUUAUUGGUUCAUUUAUGGGUUACUUUUGAAAUAUACUUUGGGCCAUUAAUCAUCUGCACGGUUCAGUAAGUAUUGAUGCAUUUGGUGGAAUCUAAUCAGACAAUAUACUGUAGCAUUAUAUAUUCCUCAAAGUCAUACUGCUGGUUCUGUCAGUAAUCACAUCACAAAAUAUGAGGGAUCCAGUUCCAUUGCCAACCAUACAUGCCCAAGUCAUAAGAUGAGGUUGUAUUCUUCAGACAUG